AUGCCCGUCAAGUCGCCCACUCCAUCUGAAAAUGGCGAUGUAUCCAUAGAUGUAGCGACAGGAAUCGUGUUGCAACAGCAAUAUACUCAAACGAUGAACGAUUCGAGAAUACAUUUCGAGACCAUGAUCAAGGCACGCAUCGCCGAACUCGAAAGCGCCAAAACCGAAGUCGCAAUGCGCAGAGCCAAUCUCCAGGAUUUUCAGACUCAAGUGAAUACCCUGAAAAGCUGUUUCGCCGCUCUGAAGCAGCAAAACUACGCACAGUAUCUCUACAUCGCGGAUACCAACAACACGGAUACAGCCAUGGAUCAUGAUGGACCCUUAGAACUCCCGCCACUCCCUCUCAGUCCGCUCUGCGACCCUCCCGAUUACAAAAAUAUACUAGCAGCCAAAGACGCCGGGACCAAAGAAGACACAGAUCAGCUACACCAGGGAGAGCGCGAUUACGACUGUGACUCUGAUGUCAGCAGCGACGAUUUUGAGUACGAAGAGCGGAGAAGAAAGAUCAUCGCAGAGCUUAUCGACCUCUAUAAGAAAGUGGGUAUCUCAUCCAGGGAGAUAGCGGCAUGCGAAGUACGAGAACAGGAAUGCGAGAAGAUAACCAAACUGCUUCGAAGACACAUCGGCCUGCUGGAGCAAGCGAUGAGAUUCCUCAAGCGGUUGGCGUUUGAUGUUGAGGAGGAUGAUCCUGUGGUUGAUGCGGCGAUAGAGGCAGCUAUGGGGGUACGUGUGUCUUUAUGAUUAUGAUCGUCGUGAGACGAAAAGAAGUGGUGAGGAUCGAAAGGAUCGAAAAGGAAAAGAGCACAAGGGGUUAGACCGUACUGUUGCUGUUGAUGCGCGUGUUUAAAGGAGGAAACGAAUGUCGGUUUUUACGGAGACGCUUGUGGAUGUUGAUUGCUUCUCAGCUAUACCACACUCUGGAGAUGAGAACUACAUUCUUUUUCACGCCAUCUUGAGACACGUUACGGUGUCUAUAUGCAUAGUUUGGUAUAGCUAGACUAAAGUCUAUGGGCAAUAAGCGUCUUGGUAUAAACGCUCUAGCGGAGACCACAAAGGGACUGAAACAGCGUUCAACGCAAGACUUGGGAAGAGCAGGCCACACCCACAAUUCAGAGGCCUGUAUACGCCCAGGGAAAUAUGGUUGAGGAGAGAUGGAUUUGAGAUCUGGGGAUUAUGGUGUUGCAUAGGGGAGCGAGGAUGCAGCAUUGUUUUCAACCAUGUACUUCAUGCAUCAUCAUCUC